UGUUUAUGCGCAUGUUAAGUUAAGUUUAUUUUACGUUCGUGCUACCCGUCAGUGGUAUGGUUCCAAUAUUAUUUGUUUUAUUUCUCUUAAUAUACUUCUUAUUGUAUGCUGAACGAGUUUACACCAACUAUGUAUGUAUUUGUCCGUAAAUUGUGUAUUUGAUAUUUGAUGUGAUAAAAAUACUGUAUAAGUAGACUACAAUGGAUUUGUUAAAGAGUAUAGUUUAUGCGGAGUGGCACACGGUUGUUGUGGAGGCCCGCGCGGCCUGAUAUAGACACUGACAGACAGGAGAGUGAGACAAGUGGAGACGGUUUGCUAGCUACGGGUCUCCCUCGUAGGACUCGGGAAUAAGGUCGCCCCUCCUGUUCUAUAGACUGGUUAUGAAAGUGAGACGUCAGUGGAUUACCUAUCAAUUAUCAAAGCACCAGUGACGUAUCCGGCUGUUGGGGAUUCCACGCCAUAGUAUUUUCAACACAACUGACGCUGGCAAUGUUGUGAGUGUUAUGGUUAUUGUGUAUUUGUGUGAUUUUUGUCAUGCUAUGAUUUACAGUGAUAUGUAUGAGGAUUUUCUGAGCUUUAUAAUGAUGUGAGUCACACAGGGUAUUUAUCCAUUGUUUGGGAGGUUUAUCAUAUUGUGAACUGCAGAGAUAUUUUUGUGAUUUCUGUACUUAUUAUACUAUGAGGUACAUGGGAACUAUUCAAGGUCUGAUCAUGUUAUGUAGUGAUUAUUUUUGUAUUUUUAGUGUUUCUACGCUCAUAUGAUUUUACCAUGAUUUGGUAUCGGGCUGAUUUAUCCUGGACCCACAGGUUGGAGCGCUACAAUAAAUGUUGCAACACAUUGCUCGCCUGUGGAUUGCCCUAACGCUUCAUUCCAACAACACCCACAACCAUGCCCAAGACGGAGGACCUUGAGCGCCGACGGAGACUACGAGGGACAGCCCGUGGAAAGCUAACUAGGAAGUGUAACCUACUCUCUGAGCAAGUGAAGCAGGGUAAGCCAUCUAGCAUUAUUGAGGAUUAUUAUGAGGAAGUAAAGGACGCUUUUCGGGAACUCGAGAGACGACACGAGGAUGUGAUGGACGCAUUAUGUGAGAGUGAUCAAGAGGAGGAGGACUUUAAUGGAAAACUUAAGAAUGAAGAACAGUAUAUAGUUCAGGCAGAAUUGUUGAAGACAGGUGCUUGUGAGACUUUAUUACAGCUAUGUAAAAAGGAAAAGGAGACAGCCUUAACAGAUAGUGCAACUAAGGUUAAGGUGAAGCCAAUAGAACCUCCUAAAUUUGAAGGUGACAUACGCCAAUACCAGACAUUUCGCAGCAACUAUGAUAAAAUAAUGACUGUCAAUUAUGGGGAAAAUGCCUUUGCCUUAAAACAGUGCUUAUCAGGUGAAGCGCUAAGUGUAGUACAUGGAGUAGAUGAUGAUUACAAGGAAAUGUUCCGUCGUCUUGACCAAAGGUAUGCUGAUCCAGUUAGAUUGACAGAUACUGUUAUCAACCAACUGCAAGAAUUAAAGCCAAUUGCUGAAGGCAAUACUGGUAAAUUUGUAGAAACCGUGGAAGUCAUAGAAAAGUGCUGGACUGACAUGAGUAAAAAUAAUUUAGAAGUACAGAUGUCCACUGUAAUUGUGAUAAGCUUAAUUGAGAAAAUACUUCCACCCCAACAAAAAAGAGAGUGGACUAAGAUCUACCAAAAUCUGUCAAAUAAAGUAAAUGCUUUUCCUGAGUUGUUAAAGUAUUUGAAGGAAGAAAAGAAUGUCCUUGAUUAUAUAGACAAAGAUGUUCGUAAGAGGUCACAUAAUUCCAAGGCUACUGUUCAUAGUGUAGAGGUAAAAGAGGAUGACAGUCAAAUUAUGAGAACAUUGCAAAAGUUGCAACUUCAACAAGCAGAACAUCAGGCUAACAUGGAAAGUAUAAUGCAGAAGUUCACUCAAACACUAUCUAGUGGGGGUUCACAGGUUGGACGUCAUAGACAAAACUACGGAAACCCCAACUUUUGUUGGUAUCACAAUUCUGAUUCGCACACUAUCAGUCGCUGUAACACAUUUCAUAAUUUGGAACCCUCAAACAAGAUGGAGGUUUUACGGAAGAACCAUGUUUGUUUUCACUGUUUGGCAAUGGGACACAGUUCUAAGGAUUGUCAGGAAAAACGCAGUUGCUACAUGAAGUUAGGAAAUGGUAAUGUUUGUGGUAAGCCACAUCAUCCGAGACUUCACUAUUUGCUUUAUCAAAAUGAUAUUAAUAUUCACACCAACAAGUCAGAUGGUUGUACUUUGCUGAUGAUUGGUCAAGUUAACUGUAAAGAUGACUCAUUAGUAACUCUUUUUGAUCCCGGCAGUACAAGUAGCUUGGUGACUCAUCGCAAAGCACGGGACUUAGGAUUAUGUGGCACACCAUAUAACAUCACUAUGACAACAGUUGGAAAUGUAAGUGAUACUGUAUUCACUAAAAUGUAUAAAAUGCCUCUUGUAGAUGAGACAGGUAAACAAUAUUUAAUACAAUGUGUAGGAAUGGAUGAAAUCACUUCAGAAGUUAAUCCAGUCCCUAUGGACAUAAUUCUUUCUCAGUUAGGAGUUUCUCAGUCAAUGCAUAUUUUCCGUCCUCAUGGGAGAGUUGAUCUUUUGAUUGGUGCUGACAGUUGUGACAUCAUUCCUACAACUGUUAAAACUGUAGGGAAAUUGCAACUCAUGAAAGGUCCCUUCGGCUAUUGUGUCAGAGGAUCGCACCCAGAACUCAAAAAUGAAUAUACAGAGCACUAUGUGGCUCAAGUAAACCACAUGUCCUUAACAUCUAACACUUUUGAAAUUCAAGGGGAGAUCUGUAGAACUUUUAAGGAGGAUAUAGAUAAUUUGUUUGCAAUGGAUCACCUAGGCACAAAUUGUAGACCCAAAUGUACCAAUUGCAUUAACUGUAAAGACUGCAAUAGAGAGACGCACAUAACUGUAAAGGAAGAAGAAGAAAUGAAAUUGAUUCUCAGUGGACUUGAAUAUCAGGAGAAAGAGAAGACCUGGACUGUACAUUACCCUUGGAUUAAAGAUCCACAUCAUUUGCCGAAUAAUUUUGGGGUAGCACUAAUGAAACUUAAAGGUACGGAAAAGCGACUGAAGAAGUUGGGCAGUAGGUCAACAGAAAAUUACAAGGUACAAAUUGAUGACAUGUUAAAGAGAGGUGUUGCUAGAAAACUAAAUAGGGAGGAGUUAAAUUGGUACAAAGGUCCAGUGCACUAUUUGUCUCAUCAUGAGGUGUUGAAACAAAGUUCAGCUUCCACCCCUACUCGCAUUGUAUUUAAUGCUUCUGCCUCAUAUAAUGGUCAUGUGCUGAAUAAUUAUUGGGCUAAGGGUCCCAAUGUAAUGAACAGUCUUUUUGGUCUUUUACUUAGAUUCAGAGAAGGUUCCAUAGCAUUUGUUGGAGAUAUAGCCAAGAUGUUUAAUAGCAUCAGGUUAUCUGAAUUUGACAGUCACGUACACAGGUUUCUUUGGCGAGACUUUGAGGAUCGGGCCCCAGACCACUAUGCCCUCACAGCAGUUCCCUUUGGAGACAUUUGUAGUCCGGCUAUUGCUAUACUUGCUAUGAGACAAACAGCUGAGAAAUGCAAGGAGGAAUUCCCUGAAGCAGCCAACGUAAUUGUGCAAGAUAGUUACAUGGAUGAUAUCAUACAUAGCAUGAAUGAUACAGAGAAGGCUAGUCAGAUCAUAAAGGAUGUUGAGCUUAUUCUGAACCGUGGAAACUUUCACAUGAAGGAGUGGAUCAUAAGUGGGAAGACCCAAGUUGGAAAUGAUGUGGACUUGUCAGGUAUACCAGGAGAAAAGGUUCUGGGAUUAGUAUGGAACCCUGUAGAAGAUGAAAUAAGUUUCAAGAUGAAAAUGAAAAGUACGUGUAAACAGACUUGCAGUGUUGAAGUUAAGAGUAAUUCCGAUGAACCACAAAAUCCACUAACUAAAAGAAAGGCUCUUAGUUACAUAUCAACAAUAUUUGAUCCCAUGGGGUUUGUUACACCAGUGACUUUACGUGGUAAACUGUUGAUGAGACAAAUCAUUGAGUACAUUGAUGAGAAUGGACGGAAAUUAGACUGGGAUGAUCCUUUACCUGAGGAAUUUAUAGGGAAAUGGUACAAAUUCUGUCAUGAUAUGCAUGAAUUGGGAACUAUUAAAUUGCCUAGAUGCAUUUGUAAUGCUGAAUUAGUUGAACCAACCCUGAUACUGUUUAAUGAUGCGAGCACCCUAGCAUAUUCUGCGUGUGCUUAUUGCACGUUGGCGUGUUGGGAAAGAUAAGUAUCAAUCAAAGCUACUUGCAGCCAAAAGCAGACUCGCACCAAUUAAGACACAGACUAUUCCCAGACUGGAGUUGUCCAGUGCAGUUCUUAGUGUUCGCCUCCGCAAUACAAUA